GCCAAAUAAACAUUGUCUAACGAGCAGUCGAGCCGAGUAGACGUGCAACCAAAAAGACAGUCAGUAUCGAAUCGUGGGGCGGUCGCCGAGGGUUUAUCUUAAGCAAAUUCUGUAUUAAUUAGUUGAAGAUUCGUCCGUCAUUCAAAACGCCCUGUGCAUUCAAGAAAUCAUGAAGUGGUUUUUGUUCCUGAUGACAAUUGCCAUUUGGCAAUGCAUACAAGUAACAGGCAGUUCUGUGAGUCAACGGAAACCUCGAUCACCGAUAAAUCCAUUGUUUUCACUUGAAUAUCCGUCCUCGCGGUACCGUGAUGAAGUAUCAAAAGAAGUAUAUCCAUUUUUACCGUUUUAUAGAGGCUUGCGGAGUGCAACAAAGAACGAACCAGAACAUGCAACUAAAAGUAAUAGUAAUGACAAAGAGGGUAAACCUACGAGCUACAUACGAAAAAGGGAAAUCGUUACUGAGAUAAUGGGAGUAAAAAGAGAAGACUAUCAUGUAAUUGAUGAAAUAUGGAAAAUUUUUGUGAACCGUAUAACAGAAGUGGUAGCAUAUUUGAAUGAAAAAGAAGAAGAGAUUAAGAAAUUAAAAAACAGUAAAAAAACAAAAGAUCCGGAAAAAUAAUCCGAGUCGCGUAUUGCCUUUCCUGUAUUAUUGGGGUAGAGGAUAAAAUUCUUUAUCUGUUUUUUAAUCUCUAACAGUAAUUAAUUAUUUUUACAAUUUUUUAUACACCUUAGAAAUUGUUUCGUACAUUUGAUGUGUUUUUGGAGAAUGAAAUAAAUUUUUAUACCAACAGUAAGCCAGAA